CCUUUUCUGGGAGGCCGUUCCAAACAGAAGAAGUCCUUGAUCAAGAUUUUUUGAAACACUGAUAUUAGAACAUAAACAGCUUAACUGGAGAGAAGUAGUUUGUCUUCUGUCUCAAACAACGAACACAUGAUCUCACGCUGCUAGUCCAGAAAGCGGACACCUGAGGGAGGACUUCAACAGCUGAUGGUCCGCAGGUCGACAACUGAGACCAACACAUCAUGGAGACCAGUUCCAGAAGUCUGGAAUCCAUCCAGGAGGCAGCAAUGCUCAGAUCAGCAGGUGUUGUUGGAGACCCAUACCUGGCAGCAGGAUACCUGAUAGGAAGCUCCCUGCUGGGCUUCCUCAUCAUCAUCUGGGUCUUCUGGUACCAUCGCAGCAAUCUCAGCCUUUUUAAAAGAUCCUGCAUCAUGUCCUUCACCUGCCAGGAAAACAGUCUCAUGGGUGUUCAACUCGUCCAUAACUCUCUGGUGACUCUGCUCAGCAUGGAUGCUAUGAAUCUGAUUUUGGCAAUCAUCUUGGGAGCUGAGAUCGUUGGAAGGCUCUGCGAUGGUAAAUGGAGCUGUCUCUACAUUGAAAGAGUCUGGUUCCUGUCCAGAUGGUUUGGAGUGAUUAUUCAUCUUCUGAAUGCCUCGUUGUCCAUCAAUCAUCUGUGUCAUCAGUCACUGAGUGUAACCAGGGUUCGCAUCGCCUACUCAUUGAUUGGUCUAAUGAUUGGCAUUAUAAUUCCACUUUAUGUGUAUGUCCCUGGAGUGGCCAUAUUCAUUUUGGCCGCUUUCAUGUUUCUGCUUGCUCUGUCCGUCAUUGUAACAUCUACAGCAUCUACUUUAUCCCCGUCCACUUCCACCCUGAAGAAAUUGAUCAUGGUUGUUGCCAUGUGCAACUUCCUGGUUGUCUACGUCCCCACUUUCAUUCUUCAAUGCCUCCUUUUCAGCUCAUACAGCCAUAACAAGUUAAUGAAUUAUAUAAUUGUUUAUGUGAAUGUUCUGUUUUUCACAAACCUUCACCUCAUUUUCGAUGGAUUCUUAUGUGCUUUCGUCCUGAAGUUGCCUUCUGGAGAAGAACAGCAACAACAGCAACAUGAGCUACAACAGUGGUAGUAACAACAGCAACAACAAUAGCAGCUGAUUUUCCCAAAUCCAGGACACACUGCGUCUACAAAUGUAAAUCAGUAAUGAGCAAAAUUAUGUCUCUGCACCAUAAUAAUCAAUGUCCUUCCCAAUCACUGAUACAUUAUUCGGGAUUGUGUCAUUAUUCAGAAUUCUUGCUGUCCUCAUGGACUGUAUCUGUUGGACAGAAGGGUGCAGCUCCUACUUUAUUCAUGUAAAUCCUGAAAUCACAGAUGAAAAUCACCGUUUCAUCCUCUCUGUCUGAUUUAAAAUCCAGUAAAGAUCAAGAAGAAAUGUGUAAAUACUUUCAUGAUGUACUGGCAGUGGAGAGCUGCAGAAAAUGAAGUUGACAGAAAUAGCAGCAACUUUGAAAACUUUUCAAAAUAAAACAUCUGUUCAA